AUGUCAACUGCUUGUGAAGCGGCUGGAAGUGAAGUUGGUGAUGCUUCCCAAUCCAUUUCUAAAUCGCAAAGUGCCGAUAAAGCUGCCUAUGAAGAGGAAGAACUCGAUUAUGAGGAAGAGAUGGAGUACCACUCAAAGACAAAUAACAUUUUGAAAAAUGACGAGGAAGAAGGCGAGCUUUCUGAUGACACCAACGAUGAACAGCAAACACAAGCGAACCCAGUUUCUAAAGACAAGGAUGAAGGAGAAAUUGACGAUGAGGAUGAUCUCGAAGAAGGCGAGGUUAAAGAAGACGAGGACGAAGGAGCUUUGGCUGACGUCGAGGACAGUGCUAAAGUCGAACCGGAUCCUAGGCGAAAUAGAAAUUUUGAUUUGCAGCCUGAUCCGCGAAGUUCAACUUCAAGACCUGACAAUCAGCGAUACAGCAAGCCAUACUACAGCAACAGUAAUAACAAUUUAUACCAAUACCAAAAUUACCAUAAUUCAAGACCACAGUACAGCAGUCGUUCAAAUGAUCGAUACACUACCAGUAGUCGGGUAAGAGAUUACAAUAACUACACAGCCCCAACACUAGCGCCGGCAGCCAGUCAAACUGAGUCCGCCUGGGAGCGAGGUUUGAAGCAGGCACGCGAGCUUCUGUCAAAGGCAUCAAAAAGGAAAGAAGAAGAGGUGGACUUUGAGAAUAAACGCUUCAAUAUGACCACUGGAGAGAGUAACCCUCCACUCCCCGAAGUGAACGUCCAGUUCAACAACAAUCGUAUGCGAAGUAGCCGCGAAAAGUCGCCGAUUCAGAAGCGGCGUCGUCAUUCACCGCACUCUUCUUCGGAAGACGAGGUCGAAAGACGACAUCGCCUGGCCUAUGAUGCUGCUCCUUGGAACAAUCCGAGCAGUUCAAACUAUCAAUCCAGCAACUAUCGCAGCAGCAGCAGCAACAGACCAAACUAUUCUUCGUCGAACCGCUCUGCUGAAACAUAUCGAGAUCCCUGGAGAAGGUCAAAGUCGCCAAAACUGUCGCUAUCGACUUUACCGAGUCGGAACAAACGACCUGAAUUGGAUACGCGUUACGGCGAAACGGCGAUGCGAUCUCGACACCCACCCCACAGUUCAGAAGGCAGAGACCAUAGAUAUGGUAGCAAUAACAACGGGGGAAACGGUCCUCAACGAUCAAACUCAAUUUCAUCUUUGUCAUCCAUUGACUCUNGUCGGAACAAACGACCUGAAUUGGAUACGCGUUACGGCGAAACGGCGAUGAGAUCUCGACACCCACCCCACAGUUCAGAAGGCAGAGACCAUAGAUAUGGUGGCAAUAACAACGGGGGAAACGGUCCUCAACGAUCAAACUCAAUUUCAUCUUUGUCAUCCAUUGACUCCCAAAAUUCAUCCAAAUCUCCUCGACGAAAACUUCCUUAUUCGAGACCAAACGUGGAAGCUGGCAAUCGCUAUGACCGUGAACAUGAUAUCAUGCCCGGCCGAAAUGAUACUUUCCCUAAAACACGUAUGGAUAGAAUUCCUAAAAAAUCUAAUGCUUCGGCUCACCCAACAAACGAUCGCGUGUCUGAAGCUAAGUCCUUUGAUUCGUGGUCCGAGUCCUUGUCGGAAUCAGAGUCAAGUAGCUUUUAUUCCGACUCCUCAGAGGAGAGCGAUGUAGAGAGCACUUCUAGAGAUGCCAAGUUGUCCAAGAAGCUCACUGCCGACAAGCGGUCUCAUGGCAAGUUGGCCAAGUCUGAGGGUGUAGAUGCAGCUUCAGGAUCUCGAGGAGCAAAGGAUUCACUUGCUAGGGAGGCUCAUUUAAAGACUAAAUCUGUAAAUGCCACUAACAAAAGACAAGCGAGAGAAGCCAAAAAGUCUCCGAUCAAGAUGACCUUUAUGAAAACGCAAACUUCGCUGAAGAAAGAUAGACUGAUUGAUGAACAGUUGAAUGGGGACGAGGUGAAGAGUCCAGGUGCAGAGUCACUGGCAGAUGAAAUGGAGAUGAACCACUCGGUGUCUUCCAAGUUCAGCAGCAAAAGUGCUAGCCAUAGCCAGUCGCAUUCGGAAGAUGAAGAAGUUAUAAAGCCAAAUAUGGCCGCUUUGCCUCUGCAUGUUCGGGAGAGUAGCAUUGAUCACCACUCUUCCGGCUCAUCUUCGCCAAACUCAAACAGUCAAAGUAGCGACAAAUUUAAUCGACGCGAGGCCCUCUUGAAGAGAUUGAAGCAAGUUGAGGAGGCAAUUGAACGCAAACUCAACAAGAAAAAAGAUUGA